GGGAGGAGGAGACCUAGAUCUAGGCUCAUGGCUGCCGGAGGGGACGAGCACUGGGAGAGAGACGCCGUGUUCAGGCGGCUCAAGGCCAAGGCGGACAACAAGGUGUGCUUCGAUUGCUCCACGAAGAACCCAACCUGGGCAUCAAUCCCCUAUGGAGUCUUCAUCUGCCUCGACUGCUCGGCUCUCCACCGCAGCCUGGGCGUUCACAUAAGCUUCGUGAGGUCCACCAAUCUCGACUCGUGGACACAAGAUCAGCUCAAGCUGAUGCUUGUUGGUGGGAAUGGUCGUGCGCAUGCCUUUUUCAAGCAGCACGGCUGGACCGACGGUGGCAAGAUCGAGUCCAAGUAUACGUCCAGAGCGGCCGAGCUUUACAGGCAAGUUCUCGCCAAGGAUUCCGCCAAACUUGACACAGUUGCGAGCCCCAAGCUCGGGCCUGCCUCACCGCACUUUGACGACGAGCACGUCGAGAACGAUGCCGCGCUGCUACCCCCUGUUGUCACUCCUGCUGUCGCCCUUCCCAAAAAGGCCUCCGCUGUUGGCUUGAGAAAGAUUGGAGGUGGAAAGUCGGGUGGAGGCCUGGGUGUGAAGAAGCUCACCACCAAGACUAGUGACAACCUGUAUGAUCAGAAGCCGGCAGAGACAGAGACAGCAGCAGCAGCAGCGGGGGCGGCGCCUUCUCCUGCGGUUGUGCAAGCUGCUCCUGCUCCUAGAUCUCGUUUCGUCUAUGCCGACGAUGACGAUCCACCUGCCGUGUCUACAAACUCCGGGCACGUGGUGGCACCGUCCAGUAAAACCGACUUUUUCUCCGACUUCAGUUCCGAGGCGAAGAGUUCCUCCCGUUCCAGUCGAUCUAAGACCCAGGUUGAAGAAAGUGACGAGGCUCAACGAAAGUUUUCAAAUGCCAAGUCUAUAUCCUCUGCGCAGUUUUUCAACGAUCCCAGCAAGGUUGCGGAUGUAGAUAACAACGUGCGCCUGCAAAAAUUCGCGAACUCGUCGUCCAUAUCAAGUGCCGACUUCUUCGACCGAAACGAAGGCAACUCCGUUGCAUCGUCCGCAGAUCUGACCGCAUCGGAACUCGUGACAAGAUUAUCAAUGCAGGCCUCUCAGGACAUGUCCGCGUUGAAACAAAUGGCUGGCCAGACUGGGAAGAAGCUCAGCUCGUUUGCGUCGAGCCUUCUUGCAGACAUACAAGACCGGAUCCGGUAAGAACUGUGUGUAGCAGAUGAAUAGAAACGGAGAGAAUAAUUGUCUGUUGUCUGUCACUCUGUUUUAAAGGUUCCCGAGUGAAGUCUCUCCGGGGUUGCCUGGA